AUGGCCCUCGCUGAUCCGUCAGCCCAGUAUGGGUCGCCAGACGGUGGAAAGGGCAAGGGGAAGGAGGAGCAGAGGUCGUAUCUGAGGGUCAGGAUAACGGGACUGGAGAGAAAUAGGAAGGAUUUAUUGAUCCGCUUUGAUGCUUCGACCAAUCUGCCUAAUUUCCGGACUGGCAUGUACCGCAAUAUGCAGCGGAGCUAUGUCGAAUUCCAGAAGUUUGCUGAGCAGGCGCAAUUGACCUCCCCACAAACCAUCAUACCAGCUCUUCCUCUCGCAUCGACCUCAGCUACGACUGAUGAAGAGGAUGAUAGGCUUGUUCGGAUAGCGCUGCAGCGGUGGCUGACGCGGAUCUGUGACGAUCCUGCAUUGAUGCAAGAUGAGGAGCUGCGAAGCUUCAUCGAGUCGGAUUUCGGAUAUUCUCCGACUCCGCCGAUUACCGCUCGUCGCUCUACCUCAGCAGCUUCUGCCGUCCCGCUCGCAUUUACUGCGGCCAUCUCCAAAGUCGUCAGAAGGGGACCACUUGACGAGGAUGACGAGCUGGCUUCAGCAAGAGGAGCGCUGGAUAAACUGGAAACGACAUGGGGCGGUGCGGCUGCAGCAAUCAAUAAUCUUGGAAAGGCUCGACGAGCGCACGCUCUCGCAAAUCAAGAGGUCGGAGCGAAGCUCAUCAACCUUUCGACGGUGGAGAGCGAUUACAAUCUGGCGGCGGCGGAAAGAAAAGCUGGAAGAGCGCUGGAGGUUGUGGCCGGUGUAGCAGGAGCUCAGACUGCCAGCGAGAACAUCGUGCUCAGCGACUCGCUUGGAUAUCAGGCUCUUAAUGCUCGAGCUGCCAAGGACGCUCUUCUUCAGCGGACCCAGCUCCUCGAGGACGCCCAGACCUCGUCCAAAAGCAGCAUCACCAAACGGCGCAACGUCGAGCGGCUGAAAGGUUCUUCUCGCAUCGACCCCGCCAAAGUCGAUGAUGCCAUCGGCGAGAUGGAGGAUGCCGAGGCGCUCGAGCAGCAGCUCACACGCCAGCUCGCAGCUAUCUCUACCAACCUCCACCUAUCCCUCCGGCAGCACUCGCGGAAUGCCCAUGAGGACGUCGCGCUGGCUCUGCUGGAGAAUGCGCGGCUGACCGUGGGGUUCCAUAAGCACAUUCUGAAGGAGCUGGAGGCGGUUCGGCCGGAUCUGGCGAAGGUGUCGGGAAGCGCAGAGGCGGCUGUCGGUGUAAGAGGGACUCCAGCUGGUGCAGCUGUGCGGAACUCGGCGGCCUCUAGCGGAAUGUCGGCAUCAAUCAGUCAGCCACAUAUGACUCCGUCGAGACCGUACGAUUCUCCCUCGGCCCCAGCAGUGCGACAACCACAGCAACACGUCUCCCCUCCACCUCCAACAAUGGGUACAAGCCAAUCCAUGUUCCUUCCCCCUCCUCAGUCCGGCUCAUCGUUCCGCCCUCCACCACCAAAUCAGCCGCAGCGACAAGAAGCGACACCGGAUCCGCUCGGCGGGCAGAUGGCGCAGAGUAUGGUGUUGCCACCGGGACAUAGACCAGGGGCGGCGCAGGGAGGAAGGAAUCAGGGUCGGAGGCUGGAUGAGCGGCAGGCUGCCAAGCUGCUCUCCGGAGGCUUCUGA